AAUCUGGUCACACCAGUAAGUUCACGAGGAAACCAAAAUCAAUUUUUAUUGCAAAGAAAAAGCGAGUGAUUUUUCCGUUAAAGCUCAAUUAAAUGCCAGUGCAAACUGCAUUUUCCGCCGUCUGUCCGUCCUAACAUCCGUGGGUGUGCUGCCAAAGGGUUGCGUAUAACGCGAACCCGUGAUUCUCCAACCGUGUGCGUUCCGUCAAAGCCGCAAAAGUGGAUACCGAAACAGUGAAAAUCGAGGAUUUGAUGGACUCUGAUCCUGAAAUCGAGUUCAUCGAAAAGGACAGCGGGAUGUCAUCGUUAGGCGGUAGCAAGGAUGAGACGCCCGAGCGGCGGGCAGUGGCGGCCCCAUCGAAUGAGCCCCAGGGGGAGAACUACGAUGAUGAACCCGACGAGUCGAUGGGCGAGCGGUUCUGGGGUUUGACUGAGAUGUUUCCGGAACCUUUACGCAAGGCGGUGGGUGCCGUUACCAGUGGCACCGUCAAUGGCUGCAAACGGCUGUACUCGUUCUCGUGCAAUGCCAGCUGGAUAUUCUUCACCAGCUCCGUCAUUCUGUUUGCGCCGGUCAUCUUCGAGACGGAACGCGCCCAAAUGGAGGAGUUGCAAAAGUCGCAGCAGAAGCAAGUUUUGCUUGGCCCCAGCAGUGCGAUGGCGCCCGGAUCGUCACCCAGCCUGCCCAUGAUUCGUUAAAUCUACCACAUACGCAUAUAUUAGCUCUACGAGAUACAUCCGACAGCGGAACUCCAGAGACCUUGGGAAUUUUGCCACACGUUUAGCUUAAGUUUGUCAAUACCAACAAAUACAAUCCCAGUCGCAGUAGAAGUUGAAGCCGAGGGUGCCGCGGAUGUCUGCCAGCCAACCACAACAUAGCCCAGCAUUUACGUAUG